AUGUCAAAUACUUCAAGUGAUAAUUAUAAAGUUUGGUUCAUAACUGGAGUUACAGGUGGAGCAGGUAAAGCAUUAGCAUCUAGAUUAUUAGAAAUUGGAGGUUAUAAAGUUGCAGGUACAUCCAGAAGUAAAGAGAAAUUAAAUUCUUUAGAUGGUAGUUUAAUAUCAAAUAAGGAUUUCCUUAGAUUACAAGUAAAUUUAAUUGAUGAGAAAAAUGUAAAGGAAUCAAUUGAAGAAACCAUAAAGAAAUUCGGUAAAAUUGAUAUUAUUGUAAAUAAUGCCGGACAAUCAAUAUUUGGUAGUGUUGAAGAGAUUACUGAUAAAGAACAAAGGUUAUUAAUGGAUGUAUUGUAUUUCGGUCCUUGUAAUGUAAUUCGUUCAGUUUUACCUCAUUUUAGAAAGAGAAAAUCCGGUUUAAUCUUCAACAUCUCUUCAGUUAUUGGUGGUGAUCCUACCAAUAAUGUACCCUUCUUUUCUGGAUAUUGUGCUGGUAAAUCUGCAAUUCACUCAAUGACUCAAUGUCUCAGGGAAGAGGUUAAACAAUUUAAUAUUAAUGUGUGUUGCAUCCUUUUAGGUUAUUUAAAAACCAGUUUCAGUAGUCCAUUAACAACUAAUCAAAUUAAAGACUAUAAUCUUAAAGAGAAAGCCAAUGAUAUGAAUAAACAAUUCCAAAAUAAUACACCAGAAUCACCAAUUAAUUUUGCUAAUUUUAUCAUUGAAAAUUCAAAACAUUCAAAUAUUCCCCAAACAAUCCAAUUUGGUAAAAAUCCAUACCAUAAUCCAAAUAAUUCAAAUAAUCCAAAUAAUAAUAAUAAACCAUCUUAUCCUCAUCAAAAAGUAAGAGUUAAUCAAGAUCUUCCAAAGCAAUUUGAUAAAGAUAUUGCAAAUUUACCAGAAUUAACUGAUGGUAAUAUUCAUAUGCCUUAUAUUUUACAUGAAUAA